UCUUGUCAGAUAACAGGCACGAUUUGGGACUCUGAAGAUAUAGAGGCAGCUGCUGUUGGCUUUAUUUUGUGUUUCUGGAACUCUUUUAUAUUAGUGGAAAAAGACAUCAGAGCUACAGCAAUGCCCAGGUCAUUCUUGGUCAAGAGCAAGAAGGCUCACAGCUACCACCAGCCCAGGACCACAGAUGGAGAUGACUACAGCCUGCAGCAGGAGACUGUCCUGUCCUACAUCUGUGCAGAGAGCAAAGUUGUACCUGAAGUUGGAGACAGCUUCUCCCCUGUGUCCUCACACCUGGGGGAGGCUGGAGACGGCUCCUCCGACUCUCCCCGCAGCUGUGAGGGCAGCGUCUGCGACACCACUGCCUCUGAGUAUGAGGAUUUCUGGAGACCCCCUUCUCCCUCUGCUUCCCCAGCCUCAGAAAGGUCAGCCUGCCCAUCCUUGGAUGAUUCUCCAACUUUUCCUGUGUCCUUUAAACCAUACAUGUGGAGCAACCUGGCAGGGUCAGAGCUUCGACAGUUGGUGCAGAACUACAGGUCAUCAGGACUGGAGAGAAGCUCAUCCCUGAGCCUCUAUGGAGACAGGGAUCCUCCAGCUCAUCCUCCGCCUCUCUACAGCGCAGACAGGGGUGUGCAUGGCCUCUAUGGGGACUAUGCGCAGGGAGUGUCUCGCUACGGAGAUUCUCGCUCUGAUUCGGCUUUGUAUGGAGAGAAGACACAAGGCAUUAAGGUGGAGUCUGACCUGCUGUGCACACGGCUGCUGCUUAACACUGACUCCUACAAAUGUCUAAAGUGCAGCAAGGUGUUCUCCACACCUCAUGGACUGGAGGUGCACGUGCGCAGGUCUCACAGUGGGACAAGGCCCUUUGCCUGUGACAUGUGUGGGAAAACAUUUGGCCAUGCCGUCAGCUUGGAGCAACAUAAGGCAGUUCACUCCCAGGAAAGAAGCUUUGACUGUAAAAUUUGUGGAAAAAGCUUUAAGAGAUCAUCCACCCUCUCUACACACUUACUAAUACACUCAGACACUAGGCCAUACCCCUGCCAGUACUGCGGCAAGAGGUUCCACCAGAAGUCAGACAUGAAAAAACACACCUUUAUCCACACAGGAGAAAAACCUCACAAGUGUCAAGUCUGUGGCAAGGCAUUCAGUCAGAGCUCCAACCUGAUUACACACAGCCGGAAACAUACUGGCUUUAAGCCGUUUGGCUGUGACCUAUGUGGCAAGGGCUUUCAGAGGAAGGUAGAUCUAAGGAGACAUCGUGAAACCCAGCAUGGACUCAAAUGAUCACGAAAUGAAAUCUCCAUUGUACCACACAGGAAACCUUUGUCAGCUGAGAACACUACCUGAACUUCAAUAUGUAAAUCUGUGGUGUUGACUCACUGAGCACUGAUGAGGGUGGAAUAUUCGGAAAUCUCAGAGAUCGCUCAAUAACAUAUCAUCAGCAACAUUACUGUCUGAAGAAACAAGUCUUCCAUGAGCAAGAUCACUUUGGAGUCUGGAAUCUGGGCUACUUCCACUUGGUGACUUAAAUGUCUCUAAAGUAUACAAUUACAGAUGCGGACAUCAGCCCUAGAGGAUGUAUACAGAGAAAGAGUUGUCAUGGUUUUAUUUCAGUGCAAAAGGUGACUCUUGAUCAAACUAACUGGGUUUAAAAUGCCUAAACCAUAUCUAAAUUAAUAAGAAAAUAAUAUUUUGAUGUGUGGGAUUAUUUUUGUAGCCUAAAAUGAAUGACAGGUAAAUUCUCCACACACAUAAUAUGGCAAUAUGCCAUCAUGACAUUCUACAUAUGGUGUACAUAGGAAGCAACUUUCCUUUGGAUUUGUUUUUACAGUUUGUUCAAUGUGAAUCUCCCAUAGAUUUACCAGAAGUGGGAGAAAUCUAUGGAUCACAGCUUUCUGCAGGGGAGGAGUGGGUCAGAUUUGUGUCUUGUGCAAUUGUGCUGUAUUUGCAUCUGGUGAGGAUAUCAACAAGGUGACAUUUGCAAAUUGCUUAAGUGCCCUUUAAAAGAUGCGUUAAAUUGAAAAUACUGAGCGGAAUGUAAUGCCGCCUGAGUUCCACCGAUGUGUGGGAUUCCGACAAUUACUUACAAAGCAAAACCAUGCCUGUAAGUGAUUGCUCCUUUAAAAAAUGUUGAGUUUGGCCAGAGUCCCGCACGCCGUCCGUACUUGGGCGGCAUUACAUCCCGCCCAUUGACACAAUUAUUGACCACUUGCACCUAUAGUCACUGAGAACUUAAAGUGGUGGGCCACCUCCAGAUUACUUUCAUUUAAUGGCUUGAUGGUAUUGUCCUGAAACUUUACCUAAAUACACUACUAUAUAUUUCUUCUAGGAUUUCCAGCAACCUCUUUAUACCAUUGAAGUGUAGUUGUCUAUUUUGUUGUCAUUGGGCCUGAUUCAGACUUAAAUGCUAACCCGAUGGUUGCCGUACAAAUCCAAUGGUGAGAUUGAUGCGCAUGUGCAGAACCCGUUCUGCAUCCUCGCAUGCAGUGCCCUCUAAGCCUCAACCUGUUUGACAGGCUGAGGACAUUUGGUGGUGGGGAAGGAGCGAUGACCAGGUCAAUACCUCAAAACGGAGGCGUGUUGCCUCCAUUUUGUGGGAGUGCUGAAGCCAGUGUCUGCAUCUGGUGACGCAGAUUUACUGACCAUUACUGCGGCUCGGAGGCGGAAAUCUGAAUAACCUGAAGGUUACUCACAUAACCGAAGGUCCCUGAGAGUGAUCCAAUGGUGCGUCUGAAAACACAGCAGAGGAUCAUGGAAGCCUGCAGGAAAUGUCUAUAUACAGUACACCAGACGCCUCCUGCUGCAUUAGCAGUUUAGCUGUAAGGUAUCGCACAGACACUUCCCUGCAACUGUGCAAUACGUACAACUCUGAAUCAGGCCCACUGAUUAUAGCAAAGAUCUGCUUUGUUCUAUAUAUUAAACAUAGUUGCAUUCAGAGAGCAGCUCUGUUUUAUAUUCAAGGGACACAAAAAAAUAACAUUAGAUUCAAACUAAAAGUACACAUGUAAGCCUCAAAGAUAAAACAAUGCAUUUAAUAAAAGGAUAUUUACAGGGCAGUGAUUUAAAUUUCCCUAAAAUGACUUGUUAUACCUGCCAUAUAUGGAUGUACUAAGUAUGUCACACUGACGUCACUGGGUGCAGUCCAGACUGCAGCCCCCAAGGUUCAUUUCUGGAAAUGGGUGAUGUGGCAUGGUCCUGUGGUUUUUCUCACUGUGUAGAGAUCCAAAGUUUAUUAUUUGAGCCACCUUAUUUUACAUCCUAUGUAAUAUGCACACAGCUCUUUAGGGUGCAUUUUUCCCUUUCAUAAUUCAAAUAUCUCAUAGAGAAAUUGAAGGUUUUAACUUUGCAAAAAAGAGAUGGAAAGGGUCCGUUAUUAGCAGAAUGUAAGCAGAAGAGUGUACAUCCUAAUAAGAUAUGUUUCCACACUCUGUGAUUUCAUCAUUGCUUUAAACAGAAAAUACUUCUGUGUAACUCACAGGUAAAGCUGUUACUUGUCAGGCUUUUUGUAUAUAUGUAUUGCCACUGGGCCAUUCUUGAGUGUUACAGUAUUUCUUUAUUGAUGAAUAUUUAUUUGAAAGAAAAUAGUUUUAAAUAAAAGGAAUUUUCUUCA